GAAGACAUGAAGCUCAACAUGUAUGUAAACUUAUUAGGCAAACCUUUUCUGUUUUCCAGCUUUCACAUAACCAACAAUGUGGACUGAUAGGAUGUUAGUGACUGUUGUUCCUUGCAAUAUGACCUCUAUAUUUUUUAUCUUUAAGUUCAGACAGUCACCCCUGUCCUCUAGAAGUUGAUGUUCCUGACUGUUGGGUUUGUUGAGCUAAAGUACAUUCUGUCAUCAGCUGCUGUUCUUUUCUUUUUUUUUAUUGUUUUAUUGUUCAUGCCCAAUACUUUUGCAGUGCCUUUUUUGUUAAUUUUUCCACUUUUCUCAUCUUCAAAAUGACCGGAUGAUUCUCCUGUCUUCGUUAUUUAUUUACGUUACAAUGAGAGGAGCAAACGUGUUGGAUCUUGUUUACACAUGCAUCCCCCUGCAUACUCUCAGCAUUCUUCACAAGCAUUCCUCAGCAUCCCUCAACAACUUCCAGCUUUUCUCCCUCUUCCAGCUCGGGAACACCACCAUUCUGAGCACUGGAGCCCCUCAAGGCUGUGUGCCCAGUCCACUGCUGUUCACUGUUUUAAGCUUAAAGAAACAAAGCCAUAAAAUUAAGUCUUUGGCACCAUUACAGAUGUACAUUAAUUGAAAUGGUUUCCUGUAACCACUGUCCCUUAGACACAUAACAUCGUAAACAAUUUAACUUGUAAUAUCCCUUUCCCUAUGGCUGAGAAAUGUUAGGGUUCAGUACAUUCACAACCAAGGCCCUCAGUACUCUUAUCACAUCCAUAUCUCCUGAUAAAAUGCUAUUAAUGCAUGCCUUUCUUCCAUUCUUUUAUCUGCUUAACCGUCAUCAGAAAACCAGAUAGCCCAUACUGCAUUUCUUUAAUAAACUAGUUUCAAUUAUAACCAAUAAUAUCAAAGACAUAAUUAAUCCUUUAUUUUAAAGUGAAAUAGUAAUUUAACGCAAGUUCUGUCUGAGAUGUGGAUUAUGAAAGAUUAAAAUGCCAUCGCAGUUUAGAAAUGUUUUUUGCUGUGUAUGAUGUGAAUGGCUAUUAGAAAAUAUGUUCAACUUCCUUGUGUAAAACGGUACAGACAGGGUGCAUGCAGCAUGAAGAUCUGUUUAAAAGUAUUAUUGUAGGUGUAAACACAUGCAAUGAAACAUCACACAAACUUUGACAAUGAAAAGCAAACAAGUCGAAUGCUUCAGCAUAUAACACCAUAAUCCAUAUUGUGUGUGAACAAUAUAUACAAAAUGUUGAUCUUCAUUAAGUCCUCAUUCACAAUUCCAUACUGUACCUCUGAGUCUGUGAUGGAGACAGACGAGCUCAAACUUAAUCAGUACAGCUUUCUCACUAAAAUUAGCUUGUUCUUAAGUAUUGCUGUUAUACAACAGUUUUAUAAAUGAGAAAUUAAUAAUAUAGAGCGACUGACAGUUCUGACACCUUGUGGCCAAAUGUAAUUUUUGCUCUGAGAACAGAAAUAGAUCUCAAGGAAGUCACACUCACUGAUCGUCCUGUCACCUAGCUGGCUAGCGCACAGUAUUUUGUGUAUUUCCAUUAAAGAUCUCUGCUGAUACUGGUUUCUCUUCUAACUUUUUAUGCUCAGCUAACAGAGUUUUUUACGGUAGUUAGACAUUUGUAGAGAGACCACCUGAGGGUUUGAUCUUCUAUGCAUGCUGAGACGCAUAGAAAAUCCCCUUCCUGACAGUUUAAAGUUGGGGUGCACAAUGUUUGAAAGCCAAUAUUGACGCAACUAUUAUGGCGGAACCUGCUGGGGCAGCUGGCCGAUGGUAUAUUUUUAUCAAUAAAUGAAUUCAAUGAGUAAUACUAUGGUAAUACAAAUGUGGUUUUGUAGUGCUGUGUAUUGUACCGUGAAAGGUUUAGCUCCGUUUAACAUGGAAGACGUUCAGUUCUCUCCAGCGCUGGAACGCUGAUCCUAUAUUAACACGGGUCCUACUUCUUGCUUUAUAGUCUUUUUUCGCUUUUCAUUUUAUCUGCCAUGUCCAUGUUUCAAUCGAUUUCUGCUAAUGUCACACAUGCGCACUGAACACUCUCUCUGCCGCAUAUUGACAAGACAUGCCCCUUUAGUUUGUCGGCCCGACUCAGUUUUCUGAAGCAUUUCUCAAGCAACGUACACCCCAUCCAUGUACACCCAAACCAACAUGCCUGACCGCUGACCCCUCUUAUCAACAAGGUGUUUCCACACACAGAGAGCUAUUGCUCGCUAAUUUUUUUUUUCAUCCCAUUCUGUGUAAAUUUAUAAAAAGAAUAAAAUUUGCAACUGUUUAUUGAUUAAGGAACAUUAUUAUAUGAGGAACAUACUGAAUCAGUCAUUAAUAGUAACUGAUUAUAAUUAUUUUGUGUCAUUGAGUGUACAUUGAGUGUUAUUGUGGGAAUAAUUCUGUCCUCUUUUGCAUAACUGAGUCACUGAGCUCUCUGAUUCUGAGAUGCUGCAUAUCACACUCAAAUUGUGACUAAAUGUAAAUUAAGUCUUCAUUUCAACAAUUAAAUAUUUUUUUUUAUAUGCACACAUACAAUAUAUUGUUGUUAAUGUUGUUAGAGUGUUAACCAUGUUAAUAAUGUUGUUAAGAGUGUAACGUUUAAAUAGGUUUAAUGCCCAGCUCCUCUGUGCUGUUGAAACUCCCUGCUACUGGGAGUAAAAUAUUUCUGUUAAACUAAGGCUUCAGUCACAGUGUAUAGACCGCACACCUGCAACCAUUAAACUAAAGUGAAUGGAUUAAUGCAAAGGUUAUGUUAUUUUUACCACAAUAAGUUCUCUGAAAUGUUUUACUCUUGUAACACCACAAUUUCUCAUAUCAUUCAGAUAAUAAACAACAAAUCUUCUCUGUUUAUACUCAUGAUAAAUUUUCAUGAAACACAACUUGGUGUUUGAGGAAAAACUCUUCUGUGCUAAGACUUGCCUGUGUCAGUGACUUUUCCCCCUUGUGUAUUCACAAAGUAUUUACCCCUGUGGUGUAUUACAUACGUUAGCUUCGUAAGCUUCGGCCCCUACAUCUGUAAGCUUCUCCUUACAGAAAAGUUACAAUCACACACAUUUGUUAAUUUGUUUAUUAUUAGCCUUAGGCUAUAUGAAGCGUUUACUAUACUAGUCCCUGUGAAUGAGCUGUUACUGUAGGAAUGAUUUAUAUUACAGUGAGGACUUCUGUCUGAUCUGCUGCUGUUAGAGAACAUGACUGUACACCUUCUGGUCUGGGAAUCUAACUGUGAUGUCAUACAUGAAUUAAUCUGACAUUAAUGUGACUGAUGUUAGAGUGAGUUUUGAAGUGGGGAUGAGGAAGGAAAAGAGUAGCUGUGGUUAUAACUAUAUUGUAGACUUCCGCACACUUCUGCAUCUGAACUUGAACAGAAGUGUUUCCUGACUUAAUCACACUUACUGCAGUGUGUCUCGAGCGUCUGGACAUCGUUCAUCUGUCAGCAUGAGGAUCUUAGUGCUUCAGUUUUAUCUACUUGUGUUCUGUGGAGCUGCUGAAUGUUUCACAGAGAAGUCUGUAGAUUUGGGACAAAAUGUGACUGUAGCAUGUGAAGUAUCAGUAAAUAAUGUGUACUGGUUCCUGAUGAAGGCGUCAGAACCUCCAGUGUUUAUAUUACGCUCUUUCUUCAGUAUUUCCCUAACAGCAGAUUACAGUAACACAACCUUCAACAAGAGAUUCUCACUGCAGUAUAACAGCAGUUUAUUUAUACACAAUAUCAGUACUAAUGAAUUAGGAGUCUAUUAUUGUAUUUAUACUCAAAAAGGUUCAUCUCCAAACAUCAGCCGUGGAAUCAGACUUUACAUCCAGAGUCACUCAGCUGAGAAUCAGACAUGUAACACUGAGUGUCUGCAGAAUCAGACAGGCGCCGUAUCUACAGGAUCCGGGGUCCAGACGAGUCUCAUCAUCUCAGUAAUAAUGAACUGUGUUCUGGUCAUUACAGGUGUCACAGUCUUUACAGUUCAGCGCUGCAGAAGAUCUCCAAAAACUCAGACACAACCUCCUGGUUCAUCACAGCAGCAACAAGACAACAGCAACCUCGUGUACUCUGAGGUGCAGUUCCCCAUGACGACCAGACCCACCAGGACGUCUGACCAGGACUGCACGUACGCUCGUGUAAAACCCCGAACACGUGACCCGGCGUGACCCCACAGACUACACAUUUCAUCACACUGUAUCUAGAGAAAAAAGACCCAUUUCUGCAGCUACUGAUUAUAUAUAGUUGUCAUUAUCGUCUCUCUGGCUAAGCGAUUUCCCAUAAUGCCCUGACAGUGUUCAGAGGUACAGACGUUUUGAUCAUUUCUGACCUCAGUGCACUCGAGCUACCAAGUGGUUGGAAACUUCUCUAUACCAUCUAACCACCAUGAGCCCUGUGCAUCUAUCUACAACCUGCAGAGUCAGUGUUAUAGAUUUAACAAGUAAAUGUAGUGGAACUCGUUUAAACAUAUGAUGAUUUUUUUUUUUUGUUGCAUUAACUGGUGAAGUUGUGAGCUGAACUCGGUCUCGAGGAGACGGAGAUGAAAUCCUGAGGCUCUUUGUUUUUCCCCUAGUGAGAUAUUAGAAAUGACACGUUAUGACCUUUAGUUCAAUGCUACAUUUAUGUAACUUUUUUUAAGUGCAAUAAACUGUUAUAAAAUACCUUUA